CACCCAUUCUUUCCCUUCACUCAUCUCUCUCUUGCUCGUUCUUCUCUUCUUUUUCCAUCAAGAAAUUAGAAAUCCCAGAGCUUUUUUGUUUUGUGUUAUGGAUAUGGAUGCCGCCACCCUGGAACUGAUGGAUGGUGGUGGUGGAGUGGUUUGUGGGGGUUCAAUGUCGACGGUGUCUGAGUCCUAUUCUUCGCACCCGGAGGAAUCCAAUCUUGAAUUGGGUCUUGGACUGAGUCUUGGUGGCAGCGGCGGCGGUGGUUUGAAGAAGGCAAAGGUUGGGUUUUGGGGUCAAUACCCUGGGAGGAAUAGGAUCUUGACGGCUGAGGAUUUCCCUCCAGGGGUUUCUAAAACUUCAUCUUGCUCAUCUUCAUCUUCCUCUGCAACCAAAGCUUCCAAUGCCUUCUGUGGCUCCAAGAGAGCUGCUGAGUCUUCUUCCCCUCCCCGCUCUGGUCUCAGUCAGGUUGUGGGGUGGCCGCCUAUCAGAACAUAUAGAAUUAACAGCUUGGUCAGCCAGCCCAAAUCCCCAGUUGUUGAAGAAGGUUUCUCAGAGAAAAGCAAAAACAAAGUCAUCAUCGUGGACAACUCUAGCAAGAUAAAUAAUGAUGAUGCUAAGGACAAAAACCUUGCCAAGAAGAAAUCAUUGUUUGUGAAGGUCAAUAUGGAUGGAGUUCUGAUUGGGCGGAAGAUUGACCUUGCUGCUCAUACCAACUAUGACAACUUAGCCCGCACAUUAGAUGACAUGUUCUUUAUUAUGCCUAGCAAAAAUGGCGGUCCAAAAUUUGCUACUCCGUCAGAUUCCAAAAACUCUGAAGAGAAAAAUGGCAUGACUGAAGCCUCAAAAUUGCUGGAUGGAUCAUCUGAAUUUGUGCUUACUUAUGAAGACAAAGAAGGCGAUUGGAUGCUUGUUGGAGAUGUUCCAUGGGAGAUAUUUGUAUGCUCGGUAAAGAAGUUGAGGAUCGCAAGAAAAUCUGAGGUCAAUGGGCUGGGUCUAAGUGUGUGUGAUGAAAGGAAUGCGAGACCGAUGACUACGACAAUUAAUAAGCCAGUAUGAGUUGUACAAGUGAAAAACUAUUCUAUAUGCCCCAACAACUGAUUGAUUGACUCGUACUCGAUGAAGCGUAAUACCACUUGGCCAACUAUUUUUGUUCCAUUUGAUUGUUAAUUUCUUUGUUUUGACGCGCUCUUUUCUCCCCCCAUGUUAUAAUUGUCUAUGCUAUGUUAUCCCCAAAUGUCGUUGAAAAUAUACAAAAGCAUCAUAGUCGAAUGUGUUCAUGUGAAUGAACACAUUGUUGGAUUUGUUGGAAUACUUAGUCUGUUUUUGUAGUAUUUUGUAAAGUAUGGAAGCGCCCACUCUGUAAUGUUUUAAGCUUUUAAGACAGAGGAAAGAAUACUGUUUAGUAAAGAGCUGUAUGAAAUAUGAUGAACUGGUGAUGGUUCAAACUUUACCUACCUCAGCUAAUAUAAUAUAUGGAGUGAAUUUUGAUUGAUGUGUGCCUUA